AUGCCCGGCACGGAGCUCGCGGCGCAGCGUGGGGAGUUCUCGGCUGGAAGCGUGGAAAAUGGUCAGCAUGGCGUGUUGUAUCUUUUGUGCAAAGAUAAUGACAUCGAUGAGCUGGAUGUUGCUUUGAGGGGAGAUAGCAAGGAGGAAGACAACAUCGAAGAGAUUGAAGUCCCGUACGCGGCACUGCUGGAAGAACUCGAGCGAGAGAAGCAGAAGUUUGAUAAGUUUGACAGCGCGCAGUUCUUGAAUGCUCGCGCUGCGACCAAUGCGUAUGAGAAGUUGGGGAGACAUCGGUUCUUGAAUCGAUCGGCUAUGAAGUUGGUGACGUUGGAUCACGUCUUCGAGUGGACGAGAAGGUUACAUCAGCGGCAAGAAGAACAGCUCAGCUUUGCUGACAUCUGUGGAGGCCCCGGAGGGUUCUCUGAGUAUCUGCUGUGGCGAGCUGGGGAAACCGGUGGAGGCUUGAAAACCACGAACGAGAAAUUGCAGUGCAUUCAUGGCUACGGCAUUACGCUGAAGGACGCAGCAAACCAUUGCGACUGGCGUCUGCCACCAGAGUUCCGCGAUCUGUUUGAGGUUUGCUACGGUGAGGACGGCACGGGAAAUCUCUACUCCGUCGCUAACAUUCACAACCUUCGCGACGUGGUUCGAGCACGAGACCCGAACGGUGUGGGCUUGGUCGUGGCAGACGGAGGCUUUCUUGAUGCUCGCUCGCAAUCCAACCAGACCAGUCGCCCAGCGAGCUCGGAGCGAUACAUUAUCGCACGAGGUCUGCGCCUGAACCAUCUCGAUUCGAAGCUUGUGAAGGCUCUUGAGGCGCAUCUGGCUCGAAGCAGCAACGGCGACGCCAAUGACAAAUUUGAGCAUCGAUUUCUCCUCAAGAGAACUCAGAUGCUCGAGGAUGUGGACUUCCUGCAGUAUAUGGCGACAGCUAACGAGGCUAUCGCGAAAGUCCAAGUCCAAGCUUGCAGACGCAUCAAUGGAUAUGCUGCCAACAAGAAGAAGAGGAAAACACGUGGAUCCGACGCUGGGGUUAAUCCGAAGCAGUAUUACCGCUGCUGGAAGCUCGGAGAUAUUCCUCGCCAUGAAUCCGAGUGA